AUGAGAAGCAGAUACUUUGAGGAAAGGGAUUUUAAUAGUGCUACUCUUGGUACUAUACCUUCCUUUGGCUGGAGAAGUCUCUUAUUUGGCAAAGAACUCUUGGAUAAGGGGCUUAAAUGGAUGAUAGGUAAUGGUGAAGAUACUUUAGUGUGGGUGUCUCCUUGGUUGGAUGAUGGUAUCAGAAUGAAAAGUCCUCUUAUGAAAAACAUAUUUGUAGACCUGGACUUGAAGGUUUCAGCUUUGAUUGAGCAACAUUCAGGUGCGUGGAAUUUAUUGUUGCUGAAUCAACUAUUUUACCCUCAAGAUGUGGAGCUCAUUUUGAAAAUGAAGAUUACUCAAGAUUCAAAAGAUUUCAAAGUUUGGAAGUUCAAUGUGAGUGGUGCUUAUACUACUAAAUCGGGUUAUUGGUUGGCAGCGAAUCUAGCAAAAUCUGAGGUUAGAAGUCAGGCUGCAUUACUUCCUUCUCUUAAUCCGUUAAAAAAAAUCAUUUGGGAUCUUUGUAUUCCUCCAAAGCUUAGAAUUUUCUUAUGGAAAAUUUUGUCUGCGGCUCUCCCGGUGGCUAAUGGUUUAAUGUCUAGAGGCAUAUUGGUUGAUGAUAGAUGCCAAUUUUGUGGUCAUGUUGGUGAAUCAGAGGUCCAUCUGUUCUUCACCUGUCCUCUGGCUAGGCUUAUUUGGGCAGUGGCUGAAAUUCCAGUUCCAAGAUCGGGCUUUAGCUCUUCUUCGAUCUAUCAGAAUUUUAACUAUCUUCUGGAACUGCAGGCAAACCUCAAUAUUCCCAUUUUGGUAAGAAAAGUUUUCCCUUGGUUGCUUUGGAGAAUAUGGAAAAAUAGGAAUGCUUUUAUUUUUGAGGGUUUGGAGUUUGAUGCUAUAUCAGUGGUGAAUAAAGCUUUUAAUGAUAUGAAUGAAUGGUCUCAAGUUCAGCAGAGAGGAGACCUUUCUGUCAAGAAUUUAGUUGAUGAUACCACAAUAAAUCGAUCGGAAUGGAUUCCUCCUCCGAUAGAUUGGAAGAAAUGUGAUAUAGGAGUUGAAUGGGACAAAAAGAAUCAUAUCUGUGGAGCAGCGUGGUUGCUUAGAGAUGAUAAAGGGGUUGUUCUUAUGCAUAGCCGUAACUCCUUUACUAAUGUUCUAUCUGUGAUGGAGGCUCAGGAAAGAGUUUGGUUGUGGGCAAUAGAAAGCAUGAGUAGCCUCCAUUUUUCAAAAAUUGUCUUUGCAGCAGAAUCCAAGGAGUUGGUUGGAGCAGUAACUAGACCACCAGCUUGGCCUUCUUUCAGGUGGAUUUCUAGAAAAAUUCUAUCUUAUCUCUAG